GUCAACAACUUUCACUUUUCACUUGUUAUUAUAAUCACCUGGAUCUGUCAUGUCUGCAGCGUGAGAAAAGGCAGCAGCCUCUGGCUGUGCGCCCCUUCAAAAGUCAACUUCUCGUGUUGACAUGUAACCACCAAAACGACACAGCUCAAUAUGGCACCGCCAAAGACACCUCGAAGACAAACCUCCAAUGUAUCCCCACUCAAAAAUGGUUCUCCUGCCAUGGGGACUCCAAAUGCAGCACUCAACCAGCAGGUCAAGUCGCCGUCAGCUUCCCAGCCUACAGAUGGCUAUACCCAGGCACAGGAAGAGGAGAUCGAAGUCUUGAAGUCCAUCUACAUGGAGGAUUUCGAAGAAGUAGAAUCCAGAGGGGCAUGGAGUAAAACCACAGACCGAGCUCUACGUCUAAAACUGAAGGCACUCUCUAGUGACGAGACUUGGGUCAUACUGACGGCUAAGCUGACUGCUACGUAUCCAAAGUCGUUACCAACACUAUCAUUAGAGGGUCUUGGUCGACUACGGCAAAAGACGAAGAACAGAUUAGAAAAACUCUUAGUCACUAGGCCAAAGGAGAUCGUCGGAGAGGUCAUGAUUUACGACAUUGCCAGCACUAUUCAAGAGAUUCUCGAAGACGAUCUUACGAUUCGUGAAAAUGACGGCGCGUUUGAGAAUCUCGAGGCAGAACGGGCAGUCCAGGAAGCCGCCACCGCCGAAUUAGCCAAGAAGCAUGAAGAGGAGCUUCAGAAGAAACGAGAGGAAGAGAAGGCCGAGGAAGAGAGAGCGCUUCAGCAAAUGGUCCACGAUGAGAUGCGGCGUAAAGAACAGAUGGCCAAGCGGAAACACCGUGCAAGCGGACACACCCCGACCUCGUAUUUUCCUCAAGGGAACACCUGUAACCAAGUCUCUUUUGAUAGGAUCAUCAAUUUCCAGGACGAUGGCAAAGAGAUGGAAUUCACAGCUGUUGAUGGUCUCAUACCUUUCCGGUCUGGGUCGGUUACGGAAACCCUUCUAGUGAAGCCCGCUAGGAGCGACCAAUGUCUUACCAUGGUCUUGAAACGCAUGCGUACCAGUAGCAUUGACCCUGCCGCGGAGAUCCAAUUGAAGAAAGCCAUUGUGGAAUUCGAAAAGGAGAUGGAAGAUAUCAAGCGUCUCAGGCAGUCGGCAAUAAUGAGCGUUUAUGACUUCAAAAUUGAGCACAUAGCCGGUGGAGGCUGGGAAAUCAAUGUCUUGACAGAAUAUGCAGGCAAAGGCUCAUUAGGGGAAAAGUUGGAAGACGAUGGCGACAUUGCUGUUGGCAAAGUGAGAUCAUGGACCAUUGAGCUGCUCGAGGCCCUGGAUUAUUACCACCGGAAUGGAGUCAUCCAUAAACGAAUACACCCCCACAAUAUCCUUCUUCAAAAAGCACCCACAGGCAACAUUACCGUAAAGUUGGCGGAUGCAGGAUUUCAGCAGAGCCUUCACAACCUCAACGCGUUGGGCCGCGGCGAACAAGCUUUCACAACAUCUAGGACCGCGUUUUGGGUGCCUGCGGAACUAACACAAGAUGCACGUCGAACCAGGAAGACUGAUGUGUGGGAUCUUGGCGUUGUAUUUCUUCAAAUGCUGUUCGGACUGGAUGUCCCUCAGAAAUACAACUCGCCAAAGGAUCUAUCCGAUGCACUCGGCUGCUCGGAGGCGCUUCAGGAAAUAUUACGGAAGUUCUUCAAGCCGGACCCCAAGAAACGUCCGUCUCCCUUCGAGCUCAUCCCUUGCGAGUUUCUUCGAGACGAUGUCUCUGUCUACGAACAUCCGUCAACGCCAGGCAGGUCACGACAUUCCUCCAUAUCGUGGACUCCGCAUCAUCGUUUACGGCGUGAGUCUUCCAAUGGCGCGGUGCCCUCCACUCGAUAUGCGAGCGAGUGGGUUGAAAUUGGCCGGUUAGGAAAGGGUGGCUACGGUGAGGUUGUCAAGGCUCGUAAUAGAUUCGAUGGUAGCAUCUAUGCUAUCAAGAAAAUACGACAGAAAUCGGCUUCAGCACUAACAGAGGUUCUAUCAGAGGUCAUGCUUCUAUCUCGUUUGAAUCAUCCGUGCGUUGUUCGGUACUACGGAGCCUUCCUGGAUGAAGAAGGACCAGGCACACUGGAUGCUGAAGACGAUACCUCGACUACUUUUACAGAAGGUGACUCGAAUUCAGGUUCGGAAGCUUCGGAUGGAGGUUCAGGAGACGAACCGGCAUGGAGCCGAAGUACGGGAGGGCUGGACUUUAUCAGCUCGAGCCAUCCGCGGAUUCAAUUUGGGUCCGACGAAGAAUCCUUCAAUGGCGACGAAGAUGCAAUUGUAUUCGGCUCUGAUUCUGAGGAUGAUGCACAAUCUACAUCUACACGAUCUUUGAUUGCCAAGAAACGCACAGCGUCAAGUUCUAUCCCAUCACGUCCUGUAAAGACAAUACUUUACAUCCAGAUGGAAUUCUGCGAGAAGCAGACCUUGCGCGAUGUGAUACGUCGAGACCUAUACGAAGAUCCAGAUGAGGCAUGGAGACUGUUCCGCCAGAUUUUGGAAGGAUUGGCCCACAUCCAUGGUCACGGCAUCAUUCACAGAGACCUGAAGCCUGACAAUAUCUUUAUUGACGUUGCGAAGACACCAAAGAUUGGAGAUUUUGGACUAGCCACGAUUGGGCAGUACCAAAGCACUGAUCGAAAAGUCGCGGGAAGCCAAGCAGACGGCGGAGAUAUGACACGCAGUGUUGGCACUGCACUCUACGUUGCUCCAGAGCUUCGAUCAGGCGUUGCUGGAAACUACACUGACAAAGUGGACAUGUAUUCGCUCGGCAUCAUCUUCUUCGAGAUGUGUCAUCCGCUGAAAACAGCCAUGGAACGCGACUUCGUUAUCAGACAGCUUCGAGAGAGGAAACACGACCUACCCGAGGACCUCAACUCUCCGGAGAAAGCUGCCCAAGGAAGCCUCAUCACAUCCCUCAUCAGCCACCGACCAAGCGAACGACCUGGGUGCGAAGAACUUCUGCGAAGUGGAAAGGUGCCAGUACAAAUCGAAGACAACGCUGUAAAAGAAGCCUUGAAGGCCCUGUCCGAUCGAAACUCGCCACAUUAUGCCAAAAUGCUGGCAGCCUUGUUUUCGCAGAAGCCGGACACACAAGCGAAGGAUUUCACCUGGGAUAUUGCUACUAGUACAGGCACGCAAGACAUUAAGCCGAAUGAUAUUCUCCUUCAAUCUCUAGUGAAGGAAAGAUUAACCGCGGUAUUCCGAGGGCACGGCGCGGUCGAGUCGCAACGACCCUUGCUCUUACCAUGGUCGGAACAUUACACCAACAAGAAUGUCGUGAAACUGUUCGAUCCAUCAGGUACACUCGUGCAAUUGCCGUUUGACCUCACUCUUCCAUUUGCGAGAAGCAUCGGACGCGGAGCACCUUACAUCGAGAAAACAUUCACAAUUAGCUCUGUCUACCGUGACAGCUACACUGGAGGUGCCCCACGUAGUAACGGAGAGGCUGAUUUUGACAUUCUAUCGGAGGACACACUCGACCUUGCAUUGAAAGAAGCCGAAGUUCUCAAGGUCAUUGAUGAAGUGAUUGAUGAGUUCCCACCCCUUUCAUCCACACAAAUGUGCUUCCAUCUGAAUCACACAGAACUCCUAGAAAUAGUGAUGGACUUUUGUAGGAUCGAUUCGCUGCAACGUCCAGCUGUCAAGGAGAUCUUGAGCAAACUCAACAUACAGAAGUACAACUGGCAAAAGAUCAAGAACGAACUCCGAGGUCCGGAUGUUGGGGUCUCCUCGACUUCGUUGGACGAUCUAGCUCGGUUCGACUGGAGAGAUACACCCGAGAAAGCAUUUGCCAAGCUGCGUCGAAUCUUCGUUGGAACGAGAUAUCUUGACCGCACCCACGCAAUAUUUGCCCAUCUGAGCUCCGUCGUCAAUUACAUGAAACACUGGAACAUCAAACGGAAGGUAUACAUCAACGUACUCAGCAGCUUCAAUGAGAAAUUCUACAAGGGUGGGGUUCUGUUCCAAUGUCUGUUCGAUGGGAAGCAACGCGAAGUCCUGGCUGCGGGAGGCCGCUACGAUCGCCUUAUCGAAGAAUAUCGACCCAAAGCGCAGGGCCGAGGUCAACAGAUUGCUAGAUACCACGGUGUUGGCAUGAAUCUUGGUUGGGAUCGCCUCGUCAACGCCAUGGUGCGAUAUCUGAAGAAGCCAGACAAGACAACCUUUCUCAAGAAACACACCGAGGAGGAUACGUCUGCAGUGUCUUGGAUGCCUCGUAGAUGCGAUUGUCUAGUCGCCAGCUUCGAUUCAGCUGUGCUGAGAUCCACGGGCGUGAAGAUGGCAGCUGGCUUGAUCUCUCAUGGUUUCACUGCGGAGCUCUCGAUCGAUGCUCACUCUAUCGAAGAUGUCCUAAGACAUUACCGUGACGACCGACAUAGUUGGAUUAUCGUCAUCAAGCAUGGUAUUGCUCCCGACAAGCCAGAUCUCAAAGUCAAAAGUAUUGCAAAGAAGGAAGAUACCGAUCUCCGCUCUGCAGACUUGCUCAAUUAUCUUCGAAACGAGCUACGCGAUCGUGAUGCACGGGAAGGUACCGCCGCUCAACGAAAUACAAAGGCUAUCUCUACUACUCCUACGGCAACGGUUGCCUCUAAAGCCAACGUCGAUGUUCUCAUAUCACACCAUCGCUCUAAAAAGAGUAGUAAAUGGUCAAUCGUUGAGACUGCCCAGGCACGGUCAACCGAGCUCCUUUCUUCUUUCCAGGGCGCACCUAUUGCAGCAUUUGAGGCGAAGGACGAAAUAAUGAAUCUGAUCCGGGAGACCAGGCUGGGAGACCCGGAAACAUGGCGCAGAGCUAUCCAAAGUGUUCCACUGGCCGAGCGGAAGUACCUACAGGAAUUGCAUGACCUCCUGCGACGUUAUGCUGCCCGUUGGAAGGAUGAAGCUGAGGCUGGCAAUGUGAGAAGUGGAGAGGGCGGGAAAGCAUUCGUGUAUAAUUUCCGGACAGGGGGUUGCUUGCUCUAUGAUUUAGAAACUUGAAGACCACCCAGGGACUAUUUGGGUACAGCCAAAUUAGAUAAUGACGCCUGCCUUGUAUGGCACGACUGAUGAAUGCUAAAACAAAUUCGAGCUUCAGUAUAAUUUAAGGUC